CUCGUGGGCAGCCCUGACACUGUAAACGGCUCUGCAAGGGAAGACAUGGUCGUCCUCAUUUGCUUAUGCGUCUUGCUGUGGGAAGAGGCUUACGGAUGGGGAUUCAAGAACGGAAUCUUUCACAACUCCAUAUGGCUUGAACAAGCAGCGGGUGUGUACCACAGAGAAGCCCGGGCUGGCAGAUACAAGCUCACCUACGCGGAAGCCAAGGCUGUUUGUGAAUAUGAAGGUGGCCGUCUCGCAACCUACAAGCAGCUAGAAGCAGCCAGGAAAAUUGGAUUUCAUGUCUGUGCUGCUGGAUGGAUGGCCAAGGGCAGAGUUGGGUACCCCAUUGUGAAACCCGGGCCCAACUGUGGCUUUGGAAAAACGGGCAUCAUCGACUACGGGAUCCGGCUCAACAGGAGUGAGCGGUGGGACGCUUACUGCUACAACCCAAACGCAAAGGAGUGUGGUGGUGUCUUUACAGAUCCGAAGCGAAUUUUUAAAUCUCCAGGCUUCCCAAAUGAGUACGAUGACAACCAGGUCUGCUACUGGCACAUUCGGCUCAAGUAUGGCCAGCGAAUUCACCUGAGCUUUUUGGACUUUGACCUUGAACAUGAUCCUGGCUGCUUGGCUGACUACGUAGAAAUCUAUGACAGUUAUGAUGAUGUUCAUGGCUUUGUAGGAAGAUACUGUGGAGAUGAACUUCCGGAGGACAUCAUUAGUACAGGAAAUGUCAUGACCUUGAAGUUUCUGAGUGAUGCAUCUGUCACAGCCGGAGGUUUCCAGAUUAAAUAUGUCACAGUGGAUCCUGCAUCUAAAUCCAGUCAAGCCAAAAACACAAGUACUACUGGAAAUAAAAAGUUCUUAGCUGGAAGAUUUAGCCAUCUAUAAAAAAAAUUUUUUUUAAGAUUUUCAAAACAUACAAUAUUUAUGUUUGUAGUUUUUGGACCUCCUUUGUUCUCACUUUUGU